ACAAGGACGCACCUCUCCUCCUCUCCUCUCCGGAGCAGUGCGCAGGGCUGAGAUCAAUCUGCCGGGUAGAGAGGGAUGAGGUCCCGGCAGGCAGCCCUGCAAAUAAAUGGAUGUAAUUUUUCUUAAGACGACGCCGGCGGUUCUUCAAGGUCUAACGAGGUUAUGUGUUCGGUCUUCUGAGCGAAUUUAAGGAGCGGACUUAUAAACAGCGACGGAGCGCAGAGAAUUUGUUUUUGGAUGAACAAUAUUGUGCUUCGAUUUUUAUUUUCCUGAUCAUUAUGUUUAAAUUAACUACAAACGUAGUCAGAAAUCUCAAGAUUACUUUCGUCUUUUUACCCCCUGAGUUGCCACAGACAGACUGAUUCACAGGAUACACUGAAGUAACUUUUCUGUCUCGAAGUUGAGCCGGAGAUGGACCCAGAGGAGGGGAAGAUCUCUGUGUGGGUAUGCAGGGAGGAGAAGCUGGUCUCCGGGCUGACAAAGCGAACCACUUGCGCCGAUGUGGUCAAAGUUCUGCUUGAGGACCAGAACCUGCGGCAGGGGACCUCGGCCGCGAUGCUGUCCGGCUCCCCCCAGUCCUACUGCGUGGUGGAGAAAUGGAGGGGCUUCGAGAGGAUUUUACCUAACAAGACUAAAAUCCUCCGGCUGUGGAGCGCCUGGGGAGACGAGCAGGAGAAUGUCCGCUUCGUCCUGGUCAAAAACGAGGCAUCGCUGCCCAACAACGGGCCCCGCAGCGCCGAGGCCCGGGUGGUCCAGAGCCGAGAGAGCGGCGGUCCGGGCGGCGUGCUCAAGGGCACCGCCAAGACCUGCUGGACCGCCGCGGCCGCAGCCGCCAACCUGUCCCAGGAGAAACAGAGACGCAUAGUCAGGAAGGCUUUUAGGAAGUUGGAUAAGAUGAACAAAAAGAAAGAGCAGACUGUUUCUAAAGAUAAGAGCUCCGUGGAAAAGAUGGAGACGCUGGUUCACUUGGUGAUCUCCCAGGACCACACUAUCCGCCAGCAGAUCCAGAGGAUCAAGGAGCUAGACCGGGAGAUCGAGCGCUACGAGGCCAAAGUGCACUUCGACCGCAUCAAGAGACACGGGGUGAACUAUGUGCAGGACACAUACAUGGUGGACACCUCAUCCGAGGCUCCUGCUUCGUCGGACUCUAAGCGCAAAGCGGAGCGGCAGGACGCGCGGUGUACGGCGGAAGCGCUCGCGCAGUUUGAGGAGUACGCGCGUCGGUGCGAGGAGGUGGUCCGGCUGCAGGAGGAGCUGACGGAGCGCGAGGCGCUCGUGGAGAGCAUCACCGGAGAGAUACAGGAGGAGCUCAACUGGCGGUGGAUGAAGCGCCGGCGCGAGGAGAAAGGAGCGGAGCCCGCAAAGGACACAGACAGCGUCGCGGAGGAGAUGUGCCUGGCCGCAUCUGCCGCUCCAGCUGUGGAACCAGAUGUUGAAAGUCUGUCUGAGAACGAGCUUUCACUGGAGGAGGAGAGGAUCAAAACCCAGCUGGACACCAGUCUGUACAUUGGCCUGAGGCUGAAGACAGACCUGGAGGCCAUCAGGGGGGACUUGGACCUGAGUCUGGCACUCUGGGAGACCAAGGAGAGUGAACUGCUGGACCUGCUGGCCAAAGUUGAGACCAUGGAGAUAGAGCAGGUGAACGACAAAGUGACUGAGGAUGGUAAGGAGGAGCUGGGCGCAGCAGGUGCUGAGACUGAGCCUGCACCAUCGGAGAAGAGCAGCGGCUGGGUGGAGCAGGCCAGAGGUCUGUCCAAGUCCUGUAACACGAACGACGAGGACUCGGACACAGGCCUGAGCUCUAUGCACAGCCAGGACUCUGACAACCCACCUGUGUGUGAGUCACUGGUAUAAACUCACUGUGUUUGGAAGCAUAUCGGACUUUUCAGCCACAAACUCAGGGGCAGAGAAAUCAGUGUUGGCAAUACUGGGAGAUGGUCUUCCUUACUCCAAAUGCACCUCAGUACGGACACUGUUAUUCUAUAGCAAUAAUUUCUAUAUGUAGUCGUUGCACAAUAAGCUAGGAGGGACAGCAUGCUUAGAGGUUUGAUAGGCCCUGCUGCUCCAUAGCUGACCUUUGACCUCCAUGAGGAGAGUCAACAAAGUACCACUUAUUAGGAGAACUAGCCUAGAAGAGUAUUAUAACACGCCACUUAUAAUGUGUAGUCCUCAAACUAACUUUAAGGUAUGCUUGAUCACUGGUUUACAAACAGUUAACAGCAGCUCACCGUUUCACAAUAGAGUCUGAUAACUUGCUGAAGCGACUGGAAGGGAAGGCUGAGUGUUGUUUCAGAGGCACUCUGUAAGCAGGCCUAAUGGCCACAGGUGGACAGAUUCCCUUUAAAAAGGUCAACAUCAAGCGUAGCUUAAUGCACAGUGAAGUACAGUCUGCUAUCCACCUCUGCACAGAUAGAUAGAUCAGCUACAAACACGCUAUCAAAGCUCACUCAGUGGAACAAAUAAUAAAAGUGGGAUCAGUUCCCUUCAAAAUAGGAUUGAAAUUUAGAGAAAUCAUCAAAUUAGUAUCCAGAACUGCUUUGCGUUCAGGCUUUUAUCAGAUUUAGGAAAAAAAAACUGCAGAUAUUGUGAAUAGGAGUUGAAACACUUAUCCUAACCUUGCCAAAUCAGCAGAGUUGAUAGACCACUUGAUAUUGUCCUCAGAAUAAAUGUAACGUCUGUCUCUUAAGCACAAGAAGUCAUAUUUAUUUAGUCACGUGUUAAGAGUUGUAUGCAGUAUCACCUACAGGCUGUGCUGUGCUUGCUCAGAUUCAUAGGCUGGAUUUAAAGAUGAAACAUUUGAUUCCUGCUCGGCCAUCACAGCCCGUUAGUGGCUGUUUCAUGUUUGUUUAAAAGAAUGCUUCCAUAAUUUAGGGAAGUUUGAUCAUUCACUUUUCCUACUGAGGGUUAGAUGAGAAGACCAAUAUCAUAUCUGUGGUCUGACAGGUAAACGUAAGGCUACAGCCUGCAGCCACUGAGGUUAGCUAAGCAUAAAGACUGGAAAUGUGGGCAAACAGCUAGACUGGCUCUAUCCAAAGAUAUCAAAAUCCACGUACCAACACUUCUACAGAUCGCUAAUUCAAACAUUAUGUCUCUUUUCUUUAAUACAUACAAAAAGUAUAAAAACUAACACAGGCUGCUGGCUGGUAUCGAUCUUCUCAUCUAACUCUUGGUAAAUAUUUCCCAAAAUGUCAAACUGUUGCUUUAAAGCAGUGGUUCCCAGUGGUGUUUGGUGUGCGACCCUUUAAAGCAUCUCCUCAUCAAAAGUUACAGAUGUCUAUGAGCUGUGAGUAACUGUGAGAAAUGAUCAACUUUUUUAUACAGGAAAAAGCAAAGAUAGAUGUCUUUAAAAAAAAUCAACAUAAUUUAAUAAAGCAGAACUUCUCAGUUCUUCUUUCUUAACUUGUUCUUUUAUGAGCGAUCUUGUGAUUCCUCUUUUGACCACAUUUAGGGGCCAUGAACCCCAGAUUGGGAACCACUGGUUUCAAUUAUGGAAAAAAGUCGAUUCAGUGUGGCCUCUUCCUGAUGGUGUCAGGAAGAGCCAAAUAAAAAAAUGCAUCUUUGGCAGUCGUUUAAUUAAAGGGGCACUCCAGCAAUUUACACUUCCAUUAAGAUGGGGGUACUCACAGGAGACAGAGCUGAAAAAGAAUGGUCAGAAUUGAAACUGCAGAGUCCAAGAUAUCCUCACGGAGGAGAGUCCAAGCUACAAAAACACAGUAUCCCACAUUUCCCAGAAUGCAACUUGAUGGUAUCUUUAAUCAGACUUCUCUGCUUCCUAACCGACCUCCUACUUCAAACCCCAGACUUCCAGUUUGUAACUCAGGCUUUGUAUUAAAAAAUAUUAAGUCUCAAACUAGAGCUGUAGAUAAACAUUAGACGACCCUUAUGAUGUCAUCAGGGUUACUUUUUCAAACUUUAUUGCUCUCUCUCUAAAGCAACACACAACAUUAUGCACCUGUUUUCACAGGCAGAGCAGGGCCCCUCACAAUGACUCAACUGAAUUUCACGUGUAAAACUGUUGGAGUGUCCCUGUAAAUCUGAGCUUUGUCCAUUUGUUCCUGAUGGUGGCUUGUUUCCCUGAAAAGCAUCCUACUCAACCGCAAACUGUUUGGAUCGAAAAAGAAAAGCCUCAUGUUUAUUUCAAGGUUUGAAUUAAGAAAUAAUUUUCUCUAAUAGAAGAGAAUAAGAUUAAAAAACUCUAACACACCAGGAAACAUGAGUCUGCACAAUGGAUCUACAAUAAUCUAGAGUACAAUCUACAGUUCAAAUGAUAAGCUUCUUGUCUAAUCAACAAAUUUAAUCUUGCAUUCUGUGGAAAGCAAAGGAGACUGAAAACAUGACUUCCAAUGUAAAUUUUACAUGUUUUUGGGCUCCUCAGCUUAUAUAUAGCAUAAAGCUGACUUAAUAAUGGAGUCAACCCAUCUUUACAUGGGUGUGAGGUCUGUACUACUGGGUCCAUCCAUGGAUACAAACACUUGUAACACUGGAUUUUAGGAUGCUUUUGGGAGAAGCGGCCCCAUUUAGUAAUCCCACAGCCCCUGCAUCUCUGAGCACGGUGACAUUCAGGAACUAUUUUAAGCAUCAGUUCACUUUUUACAUCCUGGAAAUAGUUGCUGUAAAGUAGUAUUAGCUGUUCUUCCUGGUACUUUGUUCCAAGAACUGCAAUGACAACAAGCUACAGAAAAACAAAAAACAAAAAACAAAACAAAACAGAGCAGAAAACGUUAUUUUGAGAUAAUCCUUUGAAUAGAUCGAUCACUGUAUUUUUGUCAGGCUGUCGUAAUGUCACAUCUCACAUGUUUCACUUUGUCUAAUAGUAAAAUGGUGUAAAGUAAUAACCUUGUAACACCUAGGAGAGACUGAUGAUACUGUUUCUGUGGCUUUAGCUGUUAGCUGUAUCCAAAUACCAAAAUGACCUGUGGAUAGCUAAUUUAUGUCCUUUGAUCAGGGACAGUUUGGGCUUCUCAGUCCUGGACAGACGGCUGGAGAUCAGCAGCUCUGAGGCUACAGCGAGAGGAAUCAGAUGCACUGUGGCUGCAUCGUAGCACCAGUCAACACAUUAUUACACACGACUGUUUAGUGUUGAAAUAAACAG